UUCAAUGGACGGCUUGAUGGGAAGACGCCUCUCUUGCUUCUCCCGAUUCGCGCAGAAAGCGGGAGGGGACGUCUGAAAUUGCGCGCGCAGACCAGCGGGGCUCCCCCCUCUAUGACGCUGUUUACCUGCGGCGGAAAACGGGCAGCUUGUGCUGGAAAGAAAAACAAUUUGUUACAAAAGGAAUUUGAAGAUACUGUGAAGAAUAAUGGAAAACAAAAGACAAAGAGCUAGAGUGCAGGGUGGCUGGGCUGGACAAGUUAAUAACAAAGGACCAUCUUGUGCAACUUCUAGGGCUUCCUCCAGGAAUCAAGUGGUUGCAGGCACAUCACAGGCCCAGCUGAGAAAAGAGAUGCAGCCUCCACCAACUAAAAGACAAUUUGUUUUUAAAGCACCAGAAGAGGUGGUGCGCAAAGCCCCAGAUCCCAUAAUACUAGAGAAACAAGGUAUAUAUGAGAUCAGCAUAUUGCCUUCGGGAGUGUCUCACAUUCAUUUGGUUCCAUGCUUCAUUGACUCAAAGGAAGCAGACUGGAUGUUUGAACAGCUCCUCCAAGAGAUUCCCUGGAGGCAGCGAACACAUGUCAGGCAGGAUCUCUAUUUUGAGGAGCCCAGACUCACAGCUUGGUAUGGUGAACUUCCAUACACUUACUCCAGGCUAACAAUGCAGGCAAACGCUGAUUGGCAUCCUCUGCUGGCCAUGCUGAAGGAUCGCAUUGAAGACUUCACAAAAAACACCUUCAACUCCCUACUUUGCAACCUGUAUCGAAAUGAAAAGGACAGUGUUGACUGGCAUAGUGAUGACGAGCCUCCCCUGGGAAGAAACCCUGUCAUUGCUUCACUUAGCUUUGGUGCUACUCGGGUGUUUGAGAUGAGGAAGAAGCCCUUACCUGAAGAAAAUGGGGACUAUACUUAUGUUCAAAGAGUACGUAUACCAUUGGAUCAUGGAACCCUGCUAAUGAUGGAAGGAGCUACUCAAGAAGACUGGCAGCAUCGUGUAUCCAAGGAGUACCACUCUAGGGAAGCACGGAUAAAUCUGACAUUUAGGACAAUGUAUCCAGACUCCACAGCAAUGAACACAUGAAUGAAGACAUUUAUGGUACUUUAGCUGCUGAGCCCACAAGCUAAUGCUGGUUUGAGGGGAACCAGCCCUGUUGGAUUUAGAGUAUUGGUGCUCAGUGUCUGAAGGAAAGAAGAGAGAGACUGCUAUAAUGGAAGUCUGCAAGUAUACAAGAAUGAGCAAUGCCUUUUUUCUUUAAGAUUGUUUGCAAAUGUGUAAUGCUAUGUUUUGCUGAAAAGCAGCAAAUUUCAGUGUAACUGUUUGAAUCAAAGAUCUGAGGAUUUGCUAAUCUGUUAACACCACCUUUCACUAGUUUUACCCAAGAGGGUUUUGCUGGCAGAGAAGAAUGACUGCAUUCUUUUUUGUUUAUAUUCUGCUACAUAAAAUUGCAUUUGUCUUUUUAUUUACGAAUCAGAAUAUUGCCAUUUAAUCCCUGGGGAACUCUCCUAACACAGCCUGCAGCAGCAUAUAUAAGUCCAGCUCAGAUUAGAGUUACUAACAAAAGUGCAAAUGAACAUAAGGAGGACACACAAACUGAGGUAAAGGAGAGUCACAAUAUGAAGUGACCUGCCAGCAAUUAAUAAGUCAGAAACAAUCCCUGUCUUCAGAGCCCCAUGCUUUAGCCAUGGGUGCUCUCUUGUGUUACUGAUUUAGUACAGCCUUGAACAAUAUCUGCAAAACCUAGAAAAACUCUGUUGUUGGGAAAGUAAAGGCCUAAAGCAAUUGGCCAUUACCCUACACCCUGAAUAUCUCAAAUAGACUCCUAUGUCCAUCUUAUUGAGGUUUUUGGGAGACGGGGAAUGAAUAGUUCUUCAUACUGUGCUCUCAGGAGCAGAAUUUGGGCCCUUAAGAUUGGUGCAUUUCUCCAAAGGAUCACACACUAUCUGUAAUAAGCUCCACCAGUCUCUGGCCAAAUUGCAUAGAGUUAUUGCCUCUUAAAAAAUUAGUCUUUCCCAAGUUGGUGACCCACAGUCCCUGGCUGCUGUCCUAACAUGGCUUUCCAGUUGAUGAGCUUGUAUAAUGUUACGAAUACGUAUUCUCAAAAUGAAUUGCAUUAAUUCAACCUACUCCAGACAACAUAUCCAUACCACCAAGGCUUUGUUUUUACUACCACUGCAUGUAUCAAUUUGUUGCAAGUGGUAGUUCACCAGAUUUAUCUCGCAUAAGAUGUGGAAUACAUCUGGUGAGUUAUUGACAAUAACUGAAGGUCUUCUAUAAACUAGGUAGACCUUAAACUGGGUUAGACUAAAAGCCAGUUAGACUAGGUCCUUUAUAAACUAGUACAUAACCAAACAAGUGUUUUCUCACUGACUCCCAACAGGUAAGUUCACAAGCAGUGAAAGAAACUUAUCAGUUUCCAUCCUUUUGAGUCAAUCCUUAGAAAAAGCCAGCCCCUUCCACACUGCUGCUCCUCUUCUGGACUCUGUGCCCUCCUGCACCACUCUGCAGCUAUUUCUGGCCCAAAGCACUCUAAGGCUCUGUGCAUGGAAACAGACUUCUUGUGUUGUGGUCUGCUGCCAAACAUCUGGGCAAGAAACUUGAUCCCCCUUUACUGCUCUCUGUAUCAAUACCCACUCACUGGCUCAGAAUUUCUUUUAUCUUAUUCAAAUGCUAGCUCUUGCCUGAAGCAGACUAAGGUACUGUGCAUGGACAUGCUUGUUAUAAUUGCAUCUUCAUGUGUUGAUUACAUAAAUCUGCCCUGACCGGAGAUUGGCCAAUCUGCAGACUCCAAACAUUUUAUUUCAAACAGUAUUUGCAGCUGUUGCCAUGGCAAGUUCUUAACAAAACUUUGUUGACAGUGGUUUGAAAGAAUCCUUCCAUAAAUCACACUGUCCAACUGCUGGACCAAUUGCACAUGAUUGUGCUAGGGUGAAUGUUCUAACUGCGAAAAUAAAAGAGUUGGUUGUCUAUGGGUAUUUCUACAAGGAGCUUGAUGAGAGAGAAAAAUCGGAGAAGUGCAGCUAGCAUUGGUUCAACAUGAAAGUCUUUUAGUGCUGUGGGCAUGUUGCUGAGGUUUCAUACAGCAUUCAUUGUAGCACAUCAUCAGGCAGUGAUGCCUUUCUCGGUGGCCCAGAUCCUUCUGUAAUAUUUACUAGUAAGUAAGUGCCAUUUAGCAGAGAUCUCGAGCAACAUUAAAGUUUUCUCCUUUGUG